AUGGCGGCACCCGUCCUGCCUUUGCAGCAGGUGAAACUCGCCUCGCUGCCUUCUACUCGCCUGACUCCAGAACAGCAGUAUUGGCGCACUUUCAAGAACCCUCUACUGAUUCCCUCACCCGCCAAUGGUCCUGUCAAUCUCAUCACACAACCUUCGGCGCCCUCAUCAUCUGCCGCUUUCCCCUCAUUGACACAGCCUCCCGACGUCUUCACCGUGACCACCGGCGCGCGAGUGCAGAUUUACUCCAUCCGAACCCGAAAGCUUUUGCGAACGAUCACUCGGUUUGAUGAUACUGUGCGAGGCACUGAUGUGCGCCCCGAUGGACGGAUCUUUGUGGCGGGCGACGAUACCGGAAAGGUGCAAGUCUUCGAUGUGAACUCGCGCGCCAUCUUGAAGACAUGGACGGAUCACAAGCAGCCUACCUGGGUCACAAAAUUCUCUCCGAGUGACCCCACGACACUUCUGUCAGCGAGCGAUGACCGCACGGUGCGACUGUGGAAUCUAGCUUCAGACUCAUGCGCGCGGACGUUCGUCGGUCACAGUGACUACGUCCGUAGUGGCUCAUUCAUGCCCGGCUCGAUGGCCUCAUCCGGACUCCUGGUCUCUGGCUCGUACGAUCGAACCGUCCGUAUCUGGGAUCCCCGUGUUGAAGGCCGUGCUGCCAUGACAUUCAAGAUGGCGGCUCCUAUUGAGACAGUGCUUCCUAUGCCGGCAGGCACCACAGUCCUGGCUGCCGCGGAUAACAAGAUCGGCGUUCUGGAUAUUGUGGCUGGAAAGCCAUUGCAUAUCAUCCAGAGCCACCAGAAGACUGUCACAUCUCUCGCAUUGGCUUCCAAUGGAGAGCGUCUCAUCAGUGGUGCGUUGGAUGGCCACAUGAAGGUCUUUGAAACGACGGGGUGGAACCCUGUUUCUGGCACUAAGUAUCCAUCCCCGAUUCUCACUCUUAAGGUCAUCACUUCUGGGAUUGCCUACGAAGACCGCCACAUCGCUGUUGGUAUGCAGUCUGGACUGUUGUCAGUCAAGACUCGAUUGUCUGGCCAGCAAAAGGUCAAGGAACGUGAACGUCAAAAGGAAAUGCAGGCUCUGCUGGAGGGCAAGCUGGAGGAGCAUGAUCGCCAAGUUGCAAAGAAGCAGAAGCUUCGUGGAUCAGGCUGGGAGAAGCGUCUCCGUGGACGAGACUUCACCGGUGAGGGAGUGGACAUCAUCAUUGAAGGUCAGGACCGAAAGCGUCGUAAGAAGGAACAGCCCUGGGAGAAUGACCUCCGCAAGGGACGCUAUGCCGUUGCUCUCGAUCAGGUCCUUUCCUCUACCGACAAGACCGCGCAGCUCACUCUCUUCACGGCGCUUCGACACCGUUCAGCGCUGCGUGCCUCCCUCAAGGAUCGUGACGAAGUCACGCUGCAACCCGUCUUACACUGGAUCUACAAGCAUAUCCGCGAGCCUCGCCUUGUGAAUUUGUGUGUCGAGAUCGCGAUGAAUCUCCUCGAUAUUUACUCGGGCAACCUCGGGCAGUCUGUGCAAAUUGACAAGCAAGUGGAGCGUCUGCACAAACGAGUACGGGAUGAAGUUGAGAUGGCCCAGCACGCGUGCCAAACAAAAGGUAUGCUGGACAUGUUGAAGGUGACUUGA